GAGAGAGAUAAAGUCGCCUCUUUUAAUUUUAUUUUAAUGUUUGUUCUGUGAAGGUAGCAGAGAGCAUUAAGCACAUAUCUCGAGAGCACAAAGAGUGGGAGGAAGCUCGAUGGAUUACGGAGACGAUUGUAGCCCUUCAUGGAACUAUGAUCACCCACCACAGUCUACUUUCUCUGAUGUGAUCAUGACUGAAGUCACGUUAAACCAAGAAGAUCACUCAUACAUGUUAGAUGAUGAAUCAACCCCAGUGAAGGAGUGUAGCGAGCUGGGUUAUCAUGUCACAACAGAUGAAACGGUAAAGAAGCUGGAAGUGCAAAGUGAGACACGCUCUGCUGUAAAGAGGCGUCGGAUGUUACAUUUCGAAGACCAGUCUAUGGAAACAUCACUCUUCAGCUCUGAGUGUUUGUCUUCAAUCCUUAAAUCAAGCGCUAGAGAGGAAGUUUAUGAUGAGCUUUUACCAGAAGGAUCUCUGCUUAUACAAGGGUUUUCAGAAGACGCAUCUGCCUCAAGCUUAGAGGGCCUUGAUCUGUGUGCAGACGAGUGGUAUGCUGAUUGUUUAAAUGAUCCCGAGGCUCCUACCCUGCCUGAUGACUUAAACAUUGGUUCCCCUGAGGUUCAAAUAGACGUUUCAGAGUAUUUAAACCUGCCACUAGAAACAGAAACCAGAGAAGUUAGGAGGCCAGUGACUCGUUCUUCUCCAAGUGUUAUCUUUAAAGGUAGGAAAUCAUUUGCAAGGCCGGUUCCAAAGCUACCAUCAUCUAUCAUCUACCCAUUUGCAUUCAUCAAACCUUGUGGAGUUCAUGGUGACAUGACUAUCAAGGACAUAAACCAGAAAAUCCAAACUCCAGCAGCUAAGCCAAAGGAAGACAAAACAGAGCCUCCAGUGAUCCAAACGUCAGCGUUCUCAGGGAAACCAGUUGUUGGGAAGACUAAGAUCCGCACAGAAGGAGGCAAAGGAAGCAUCACUAUCAUGAGGACUAGAGGCUAA